CGAGUCGAGUCAAGAGUCAAGACUCAACUACUCGACCUCAAGUGACAUUCGUCCUCCUAACCAGAAAAACAAAAUAAUAAUUAUCUAAUAAUAAAGUUUAAUUAUCAUUCCUUCCCGUUGGAAGGUUGUUAAUAAUGUGUCAUCGUUCCGUCGCCGCGAGGUCGUCCGUACUUUAAAACCGGCCUCCCGAGCCCUGGUCUUCCUCAAAAGUAUACAGGAAGUGGCGAGUCUUCCAGGAAGUCGUCUAGCUAUGCGUUGAUACUUGGCAUGAUGAAAAUCUUGAGAUGGCGUCGAAGAACGAAAGGAGUAAGGACGAAUCGUCAAGGAUCAAAGUCAGACUCCCGAACGGGACGUACCAAACCGUCCGAUACAAUGACUGCGUCGAUGUUAAGACGAUAAUUUCUGGCGUGACCGGCACGCUCGAUGGUACGAGACGUCGGACAGAAUGCUAUGGCUUGCGCCUCAGGAACUCGUCUGGGGAGGUCUUUUGGCUUCACCAGGAUACGAGUAUGGGAAAGGUUACCCAGAGGUAUAAGGAUGCUGAUGAAUGCUCGUAUGAACUCAGGAUACGUUUCGUUCCACAGUCACUUGAAGAGUUGUACGAUGAGGAUAAAUUUACUUCAUUCCUUUAUUUUGACCAGGUGAGAUUUGAUUACUUGGAAAGCGCUGAGGCCUCUAAGAUUGAGCUGGACCUGGCUGUUACAUUGGCUUGUUUAUGCAUCCGACACCACUUCCGCGAUGUACCAGGAAUGAGCCUGGAGAAAAAAUCCAACUUGGAGUACCUCGAGAAAGAGUUGGGCCUUCGUAGAUUUUUCCCACAGAAGAUACUUGACACUCAGAAAUCGAAAACGCUUAGGAAGCUACUCCAGGCAAACUAUAAGAAGAUUGGACAGUCGACGGAAAAAGAAUACCUUACGCAUUUUUUUCGAGCCAUGCUCGGUGUUUUCCGUUAUGACGAGGAGCGAUUUCAAUGUUCUUUAGGGUCUGGAUGGUCUAUUCCUGUCGAACUGGUUGUUGGUCCUAAUUCAGGAAUCGCCUAUAUUAACCACCGUUCUACUACACCAGUAAAAAUGGCAGAUUUUGGAAAAGUUGAGAAUCUUCAAACACUCUAUUCCGACUGUACUUCCCAUCCAAAGGCGCUUGUGCGACUUGCUGUUUCGGAAACAAGCGAUCCGCUCACUAUAACUUUCUCAUCGCUUGCUGAGGCUGAAUCACUUGCACACCUGCUAGACGGCUAUUGGCGGCUCUCUGACACUUCGAAACUGAAUCCAGACAAGAAGAAGAAAGACUUUAUUUGGGACCGAACUGCUGCCGUUUGGAAACGAUUUCCUUGUCAUUGUGUUCAGAAAGAUUUAAAGAAGUCAAAAGAGAAGGAUGGAAAGACGAAAAGUAUUACAUCUGAAGACUAUGCCGAAAUAGCUGAUGAGGAUGGGGAUUAUUCUACUCCCGGAGCUAAAAACUAUGAGCUUCGACGCAGUCAAAUUGAGCUGGGAGAAAUAAUCGGGGAGGGUCAGUUUGGUGAUGUACACCGUGGUACCUGUACCACAGCUAAGAAUACCAAAAUACAAGUGGCAGUAAAAACCUGCAAGCCAGAUGCUGAUAUGACUAUCACAGAAGUUUUUCUAGAGGAAGCUUAUGUGAUGCAGCAAUUCGACCAUAAACACAUCAUCAAACUGAUAGGAGUGUGUACUGAAAAUCCUGUUUGUAUUGUUAUGGAGCUCGCUAAGCUCGGUGAACUAAGGGCAUACUUGAAUGACAAUAAAUCGACUCUUGGAUUGUCAACCCUCCUUCUGUACAUCUAUCAGCUCAGCACGGCACUGAGCUAUUUGGAGUCGAAGAAGUUUGUCCAUCGAGACAUCGCAGCCCGCAAUGUACUCGUUGCUUCUGAAGAUUGUGUCAAGCUUGGCGAUUUCGGGCUGUCGCGAUGGGUAGAAGAUCAGAGUUACUAUAAGGCAUCAAGAAUGAAGCUGCCAAUAAAAUGGAUGUCACCGGAAAGCAUAAACUUUCGACGAUUUACUACUGCAAGUGAUGUAUGGAUGUUCGGUGUUUGUAUGUGGGAGAUUCUCAGUCUUGGCAUCAAGCCUUUCCAAGGUGUCCGAAAUAACGAGGUGAUUGGAAAACUUGACAAUGGAGAACGUCUUGGACUUCCACAAGGAUGCCCUCCACGGCUUUAUAGUCUUAUGGUGCAGUGCUGGCAGUACGAGCCAUCAAAAAGGCCGAAAGCAAAUCAGCUCAAGAACAGUCUUUAUGAAAUCAUGAUGGAAGAAAAAAAUCAGCAACAAGAAACGCUUAAGAGGGAAAACAGGCGUGUACAAGCAAUGUCUUGGGGCUCUUCUGUAUCUGACGACAAGAAGGAAGGUGGUUUGACAUACAUAGUUGCACAAGAUCCACAGGUCCUGGCGCAGCUAAUGCGUGAGUCUGAAGUGACUAAAAGGCUCAAUCCAACCCUCUACACUCAAGCGGCCUCCCCUUUCAACGUCCUUGCGGUAGAGAUUACGAAAAGAGAUGAAGGCUACGAUAAAAACACAGGCAGUUCAUCUUCUUCAGGACUUUACGGCGAUCUUCUAGCCGUUGAACGAGGCGUUAUUACACCGAGCGCUGAAAGCGAACAGGAAGAAAUAGAGAAGAAGAUGAGAGAACAGCUACGAGAGGCAGAAGAAGAUUCGAGGUGGCUUGUUGAGGGCGAGAACAAUCUGAAGAAACGCCUUUCCAUAGCAACAUCUCUAUCAGAUGAAUCGAAUGAAGGCGCAUCUAACUCAGACUCACUUACAAGGAGUAAGAAACCAGAGCAAGUUGUUAGGCUUAAGAAAAUGGAGCCAAAACCAACUGCAGAUCUUGAUAGGACAAAUGAUAAAGUUUACGAGUGCACAAAAAAUGUGGUGAAAGCCGUUAUGGCCCUUAGUCAAGGAGUCCAAGAUGGCCAUACUGAUGUUUAUCUCAGCCUUGUGAGAAAAGUCGGCAUGGAGCUGCGAUCACUUCUCACAAGUGUGGACGUUCUUGUUGAAAUAUUUCCGGAAUCUGCAAUAAGGGAGGUUGAAAUGGCACACCAGGUCCUCGGGAAAGAUAUGUCUGAGCUAAUUAACGCCAUGAAGCUAGCACAGCAUUAUUCAACCAACACACUUGACUGUUAUCGCAAGGGAAUGCUCUGUGCUGCACAUGUUCUUGCCAUGGACGCCAAAAAUCUUUUAGAUGUUGUAGACCGAAUUAGGCUGGAGCAUGAGCAGGUCGAUGCUCUAAUAAGUGCAAAGCAUGAGGCCAAAGAACCUCAAAAAUGAGUCAUAAUGAUGAAGACAAAGAGAAAGAAAGCUUUUGUUACCUGAUUUACUUUGUAAAAUGUUAUUUAAAAAUUUUUCUUCUUUUUCUUUAUUUCUUUUGUUAUGUAAUAUUAUAUAUAUAAAUUAUG